GUCUUUGUCACUUUAUUAUACAAAAUGGGUCGUGGAAACAGCUGUGGUGGAGGUCAAAGCUCACUCAACUAUCUUUUUGGUGGAGGUGAUGCUCCUCCUGCUGAGCCAACCAACAGGACUGCUGCACCUGCUCCGGCAGCUGUGACUGCAACAGCAGCUACUAGUACUACUGUUGAGCCUGCUAAGAUCAACAAGGAGAUCCCUGCUGGUAUCAAAACUCCUGUCAACAACUACGCCCGUGCUGAAGGACAGAACACCGGAAACUUCAUCACUGACCGUCCUUCCACCAAGGUUCAUGCAGCUCCUGGAGGUGGAUCAUCUCUUGAUUACCUCUUCACUGGUCGCAAGUAAAAAAACACACAUUGUGUGUAAUGCAAAAUGCGUAUCCAUUGCGUUUCUGUUCUCAAUUUUAAAACUGUUUGAUGUGAACCUCUAAAUGAUAAGAAGUCGGUUUCUUUGACAACCCUA